AUGGCCGAACCUAGCACUGGGACAAGGCGUCAAAGGCCAAAUCUACUGAUUACGGGGACUCCUGGUACCGGUAAAUCAACGACGGCUUCUGCUCUGGCCGAAGCCACGAAUUUCCGUCAUAUUUGCGUCGGAGAUCUGGUCAAGGAGAAGAACUUGCACGAUGGCUGGGACAACAAGUUCGAGUGUCACGUCAUCAACGAAGACCUGGUGUGUGAUGAGCUUGAAGAUAUAAUGGAAGGAGGGGGGAACAUAGUGGACUACCAUGGUUGCGACUUCUUUCCUGAGCGAUGGUUUGAUCGUGUUGUGGUGCUUCAGACUGAGAACUCUGUCUUGUAUGACCGUUUAACUAAGAGGGGUUAUUCAGGAACCAAGCUUAGUAACAACAUUGAAUGCGAAAUCUUUCAAGUCCUACUCGAAGAAGCAAGGGAUAGUUACAAAGAGGAAAUCGUCACCGCGCUACAAAGUAACACUAUCGAAGAUAUCUCUAACAAUGUCGAGAAUUUGACGAAUUGGAUUGGAACAUGGAGGCCGUGA